GUACUCUGUAAUAUAGACAUAGAGUUCGUAUAUUACACUCUGCUCUCUGCAUCAAUAACGUAAAACAGAAACAUAACAUUGUAACCUGCGGUAAAAUUUUUCGUUAACAAACAUUGUAAAAUGAAAAUAUAUGUAUAUUGAACUUCAUAAUUAUUGUACACUAAUGGACUUUAAUUACUGUACCAUUUUCGGCAUACUAAUUGUUACAGUCAUAUAAAAGCGUAAUUGAAGUGUUGUAUAAGAAUUGCAGUAAAAUCGUGUUAUCCAUUUUUUGAAGAUACGUUCAUUUUACGAAAAACUUCGUUCGCCGUUGUUUACGAUUAUUUUGUACAAACAAGUGGUAAAAAAUGGUAGUGCUUAGCAAUUUUCUUGCGCCACAGAAAGGAAUACAUCAUGAAGAGCAAAAUACCACUGUGUACAUUAAUGAUAGAGAGGUGGGAAAAGGAACUCUGUAUAUUACAGAGAGCUUGCUUUCUUGGGUGAACUAUGAUACACAACAAGGAUUUUCACUUGAAUAUCCUCAUAUAUCUUUACAUGCCAUAUCAAGAGAUGAACAAGUACAUCCAAGACAAUGUCUAUAUAUUAUGGUUGAUGCAAAAGUAGACCUUCCAGAUGUGCCAUUACCACCAUCCUCUGAAAGUGGUUCAGAAAAUGAAGACGAAGAUGCAGACACCCCCAUCACAGAAAUGAGAUUUGCUCCUGAUAAUACAAAUAACUUGGAAGCAAUGUUUCAAGCAAUGAAUCAGUGUCAAGCACUUCAUCCUGAUCCACAAGAUAGUUUUUCAGAUGCUGAAGAAGAUAUUUAUGAAGAUGCAGAAGAAGAUGAUUUUGAAAAUUAUGAAGUUGGUGCUGGAGAUGCUCCUUAUAUUUUACCAACAGAACAAAUAGGUACCAAUCACAAUGGCACAGAAGCAGACGAAGCUAUGGAGAUAGAAGCAGGUCAAUUUGAAGAUGCAGAGGAAGAUCCAUAAAGUAUGAUGACAACAUCAAAAUGCAGAUAUGCAUUUAGUAUUAAUUUAUAAUUACCAGAAUCAUAUAUUAUGGUAGAUAUGUGAUAUUAUGACAGACUGUAUAACAGAGCUGUAUCAAACAUAAAAAACACCUAACAUUUAUUUAUAUUCAUUUUGUACACGGUAAUAAUUUCUUAGGUAAAAAUAAAUAAUUGCAUAUCAAACUCAA